AGCCGUUAAUUAACUGUCGGUUAAUUUUUUCACUUAAAUUUCGACGCUUAAGAUGAGUAAAAAAAAAUCGUAUUAUUUAUUUGGAUUUUAAUUUUAUUUACAACGCUUACUCUUUGGCAGCAUUUCUGUCAUGGAGCCAGAUGGUGGCGGUGUUAAGGUAACGAGCACACUAACGUCUCAGCGCGCCAAGGUUAAACAGAAAGAAGGGACAUCCUGUUUUAUGAUUCCUCCGAACUUAAAUACAAAGUCGAAAGUGGGACAGCUAACAUUAGCUAGGCUCCGUAAAACUUAAUUAACAUGGAAUUUGACGAAAGCCUCUUAAUCCAACGUACUGGUGAUGGAAUCCUGGCCACAGAGGCAGAACACAACCAGCGGAUGACUCUCCACUGUCAGCAAUGCAACACAGUUUUGGGCGACUCUCUCGGCGUCUGUGGGGAGAUCACAUGUAUGGACUCUAUCAUGUGCCUAAAAGUAACUGAUGAUGUUGUCAUCGGUGAUGCAAUGGAAUCAGGACAUAAAGGAGAAAUGGCUAAUUGCAUCUACAGUUGUCUAAAAUGCAGCGGCUGCUUCUGUGCUGUGGGGAAAGUUAUUCACUCAGCCCCGUCGCAUUUAGCUAUGGCUCGCUCCAUCUUCCUCCUCUACAAAGCAAACAUCAGUUGUUACAUCCUCAACAGCAGCUCAAUGGUGAAAGCAUCCACAAUUACAUUUGAUCUGAAGCCCUUCGGAGAAAGCAUGAAUAAGGUGAGACAGCAGUUUGAAGCACAGUUGGAUCACAUGGCAAAUAUUAAGAGCAGACUGGCCGACAGGAGAGUUAACAGUGAAUUGGACAAGUAGUGUACAGAAGCGAUGUAGACUGUAGCUAGUCCUAGGUUUAGGGACCAUGUGUUCUCCAUUCUGCUUUUCAGUCAUUCUUGUAGUGUGUGUUGUAAAUUUUGUUGUUUUUUCUCUCUGUGAUUUUUGUUCUCAUUAAAUGAUUUUUGGUGAUGCAGGCA